CCGCAGAGCAGGGUGUGUACCAGCCGGGGGAGGCGGUGUGGGCUGGGUCGGCGGCGGCAGCGGCAGAAACAGCAUCUUUUCCUUUUUUCACUUGAAACAUCCUGUGACUUCGCAUCCUUCAGUGGGAGAUGCUCAGGGCGGAGGAUGCGGCUCAGAGUGCGGGGUGCGCGUGGCGGCGCGGGGCUGCGGUGGACCUCACUUGGGACAGAGGCUUGUUUUUAUUCUAACGCGGCGAGGACAGGUGCGUUUGUUUUCGUUAUCUAAAAAAAAAAAAAAAAGAUAAAUACAAAAAAUGUCUAAGAUCAAACAGUGCGAGUCGGUGCGCGUGGUGGUGCGCUGCCGGCCCUUCGGCUCCAGAGAGGCGGGGUGCGACAACAUCCUGGAGGUGGAUGACAAACUGGGACAGAUCACCAUCAAGAACCCGAGGGCGCCACCUGAUGAGCCCAGGAAAGUGUUCACGUUCGAUUCCGUGCACGGGUGGGACUCCACACAAGGCGACAUCUAUGACGAUGCAGUGAGGCCCCUGGUAGAGUCCGUGGUGCUGGGCUUCAAUGGGACUAUAUUUGCCUACGGACAAACGGGGACAGGUAAGACGCACACCAUGCAGGGGGUUCCAUGGGACCCGGAGGGGAGAGGGGUGAUACCCACCUCAUUCCAGCACAUCUUCACGCACAUCUCCAGGACCCAGAACCAGAAGUACCUGGUGAGGUCAUCGUACCUGGAGAUCUACCAGGAGGAGAUCAGGGACCUGCUGUUCAAAGACAACAACAGGAAGCUGGAGCUCAAGGAAAACCCAGACUUUGGCGUCUACGUGAAAGACCUGUCCUCGGUGGUGACUAAGAACGCCACGGAGAUCGAACAUGUCAUGAACCUAGGCAACCAGUCCAGGUCCGUGGGCUUCACCAACAUGAACGAACGCAGCUCCAGGUCCCAUGCCAUCUUUCUCAUCACCGUGGAGUGCAGCGAAGUGGGGCCCGACGGCGAGGACCACAUCCGAGUUGGGAAGCUGAACAUGGUUGACCUGGCUGGCAGUGAGCGCCAGAGCAAGACGGGCGCCAAAGGGAAGCGGCUGAAGGAGGCGGCCAAAAUAAACCUGUCUCUGUCGGCACUGGGGAACGUCAUCACAGCUCUGGUGGACGGGAAGAGCACCCACAUCCCCUACAGGGACUCCAAACUGACCCGCCUGCUCCAGGACUCGCUGGGGGGCAAUGCCAAAACUGUCAUGAUAGCAACCGUGGGGCCUUCGCACAAGAACUUCGAAGAGUCCCUGGCCACGCUUAGGUACGCCAGCAGGGCCAAGAACAUCAAGAACAAACCUCGGAUCAACGAGGACCCCAAAGACGCCCUGCUGAGGGAGUUUCAGGAGGAGAUCGCACGCUUGAAGGCGCAGCUGGAGAAGCAAGGGAUGCUCGCAAAGGAGAGGAGGAGGAUUCGAAGAAAUAGCAGAAGGCUGAGCAAAAGCAUGGGAGGCGUGGAGGAGGAGAUGCUUAGUGAGAGGGAGGCAGAGGUUUUGAGGGCCCUUCAGGGUGAACCAGACGGGAGACUUUACCUGAAACAGGGCGACGACUGCCCCAGGAGACUGAUCUACCAGGGAGGCAGCGAGAGGUUGAGGCCCCUGAGUGAACACAGGAAGAGUGUGGAGGACAUGCAGUGGGAUCAGGAUGCUCUGGAGAAGAUCAUAGAGAAAUACAAGACUAUGGAGAGCAAACUGUUAGUCGGAGGAAAGACGAUAAUCGAUCACACCAAUGAACAACAGAAGAUGCUCGAGUUGAAGAGGCAACAAAUUGCAGAACAGAUAAGGAGCGAGCGAGAGAUCCAGCAGCAGAUGAUGCUCCAGGACGAGGAGACAGUGGAAAUGAAGGAAACCUUCUCCUCGAUGCAGCAGGAGGUGGAACUGAAGACAAAGAAGCUGAGGAGGAUCUAUGCCAAACUACAGCUGGUGAAGGGAGAGAUUAAAGACGUAAUCGAUGAACACGUCAUGACCAGACAGGAGCUUGAACAGACACAGAGCGAGCUCACCAGGGAACUCAAGUACAAAUAUCUCUUGAUUGAGAAUUUUAUACCUCCUGAAGAAAAGAACAAGAUCAUGAACCGGCUGCACUUUGACGGUGAGGAGGACCAGUGGAGACUCCAGCCGGUGCUUCCACCAGAGAGCCCACAAAGUCGGGUCAAGAGACGUCCUCUCUCGGCCGUGGGAUACAAGAGGCCAAUCAGCCAAUAUGCACAGAUGGCUGUUACCACGGCAACUGGGGCCCCGUCGAGAUACCAGGCUGAGAACAUCAUGCUGCUGGAGUUAGACAUGUCUCCACCGACCAUGUUCGCCUUGAACCUUAACGGCGCUCACCUGGAGAGGGCCUUCUCUCCGAGGCUGCUGGGGGAUCUCGUGCUGGAUGUUCCGGUUAGAGAGAGGAGUGCUGCAUCCUCGAGGGUCAGGAAGUCCCAAUCCUGGUAUCAAGCACCACAAGCAGCAUCUGUCACAUCAUCGUCCUCCUCCAGCGCUCUGACGUCAGCCUCUCAGAGCUUCUCUCCCUCUCACAGACGGAGACCUUCCUCUGCUGCCUUUCUCUCACUGGACGGUCCGGUUCAGACAAGCCCCUGACAUGUGUCCAUAGAUCUGUACUGCAGGACUGACCUGAGCUCAGGGUGGCACCAGCCUUGAUUUUCUUUCUUUACUUUUGAGUGAGAAUGAUUUUAGUCAGCACGUAUUCAACAUAAUUGGAGAGAGACGCGUCAUCCCUUAAAUCCAAAAGAAUGUCUGACACAUGAAUGCAGGGGAUGAAUCUGUGGAGCUUUUUCAGCUGAUACUGUUCGCUGGCUUUUCCCCUCUGCUAGGCAGGUUAUGUUUUCACCCCUGUCUGUGUGGUUGUUUGUAUAUAUGCAAGAUUACGCAAAAAACAACUUAACAGAUUUCCACAAAACUUGGUGGAAGGAUGGGGUAUGUGUCAGGGAAGAACCCAU